CGUUGAAUUCCAUGAUGACAAAGACCCAACCAAGUUUUUUUUAGCAAGAGGGCCACAAUGCAAAAUACACAACAAGACAACCACACCCUUCUUCCCCAGAUAAAGACAGCUCCUUUGUAGAACAAAUCCCUCCUCAAAAUUCUUCUCAAAUGGCUUCUAGCUACUUCUUCUCCCUACCAAUCAUCACCUUCUUUGUUCUCUUCCUCCUCCCCGUUCCCCCCUCCGCCGCCACUUCGCCGGAGACCAAAUCUCCGCCGGAAAACGAAGAACUCUUCACUCAUCUUCAGAAGCUCACUAAACCUGCCAUCAAAACGAUUCAGAGUCCUGACGGCGAUGUAAUUGAUUGCGUGCCUUCGCACCUUCAGCCGGCGUUUGAUCAUCCGAAGCUGAAGGGGACGAAGCUAUUGGAUUCGCCGGAGAUGCCGGGAGGGGAUGUGUUUUCCGGCGAAGUGGAGGUGGGAGAUGAAGUGCAGAGGUGGAGGAUUUCCGGCGAGGUGUGCCCGGAGGGAACGAUUGCUGUGAGGAGAGCUACGGAGAGUGAUGUUUUGAGGGCGAGUUCGAUUCGGAGCUUUGGGAGGAAGCCGGCGGCUGUGAUCCGGCGAGACUCCACCGGCGGCGGCCAUGAGCAUGCGGUGGGGUAUGCAAAUGGAGACUGGUAUGGAGCAAAGGCAAGCUUAGGGGUGUGGACUCCUGCAGUUUCUACGGCUACAGAGUUUAGCCUGUCACAGAUUUGGGUCAUCUCUGGCUCCUUCAAUGGCGAUUUAAAUACCAUAGAAGCCGGAUGGCAGGUUAACCCUCAGCUAUAUGGCGACAGCUCUCCAAGAUUCUUCACCUAUUGGACGACUGAUUCGUAUCAAGAGACUGGAUGCUACAACCUGCUUUGUUCGGGGUUUGUUCAGACAACAAAUAAAAUUGCAAUUGGUGCUGCAAUAUCUCCUACCUCUAUUUAUGGAAGGGAGCAAUUCGACAUCACUCUAUUAGUGUGGAAGGACCCAAAACAUGGACAUUGGUGGCUGCAAUUCGGAUCUGGGCUUCUGGUGGGCUACUGGCCUUCAAGCCUGUUCAGCCACUUGGCCCAAAGCGCAAAUAUGGUCCAAUUCGGGGGAGAGAUAUUCAACAGCCGCAGCUCGCCGUUCCACACCGCCACCCAAAUGGGCAGCGGCCACUUCGCCGGCGAAGGUUUCCGGCGAUCGGCUUAUUUCCGUAAUUUACAGGUCGUUGAUUCGGGUAACAGUUUGAUUCCUCUGUACAAUCUUCGUGUCUUAGCAGAUCAUCAGACCUGUUACGAUAUUCGUGCUGGAGUUAAUCGUGCAUGGGGUAAUUAUUUUUAUUAUGGAGGGCCUGGAAGAAAUUUGCGUUGCCCUUGAAAAGUUAGUCCAGUUAUAGAGAUAGAGAGAGAAAGAAGAGAGAGAUUUUGAGGCAUUUACAUAUAUACCACACAAUUCAUAUAUAUUUACAUAUCUUACAUUUAAAUUUCUAUAUUUACAUAAAUAUAUACGGAGUAAAGCGCCAAAAAAGACCCAGACUGUUUGCAUGAGAUCUUUUCGUGUCAGAGUUUAUAAAACUAUCAGAAUAGUUAGCAAACUAUUUAAGUUUGGGCUAAAACAGUCUUCAUGAAUGUCUAUUAGAGCUCAAUUUUAAAAUAGCUCGAAUAUUUUAGCACUGCAUGUUACUGGUCAGGAACGAUUUUGACACUUUACUCAAUGUAUAAGAUGUUAAUCAUUUAAGAUGAUACAAUAAAUAUCACUUUCUCUGACUUUAAAAAGUGGGACAUACAUCUUCAUCUAUAUGUUUAUAACAUUGAAGGGUUAUUGAUGUAAAUAUGAGAUUCUAGAGGUUGGAUAUGUAGAUGUAUAAGAAUGGUGUGGAAUGUAUGUAAAUUUUCAUUUUUUUUAUAUUUACUUGAUUUAUUUUUGUUUUGGGUUUUAAUAUUUUUUAUUCAUUGUAAUAUAUGGAAGGAAGAAUUUACUUUUAGAUGAAUUUUUUUGGGUUAAUAGUGUUGGAUAAAUGAGUAAAUGAAGAUAUGUUAUGGGGGGAAUAUGAGAAAUAUGGGAUGGUUGUUUUGUUUUGUGAAAUGAUGAAAA